ACCCCGGAGUUAGAAUUAAAACCUGUUUUCAAAUCACACCCUACAACAACCACUCAAGUUUUAAAGUUUGAUACUUCUGAAGUUCGAAGAAGGUUGUUGGAAUCGUAUAACUGUUAUAAUGCCAUAUCAUUCAGUGAACAAUAUAGAAAAAUCUGUGAUACUAUUAGACAUAUGUAUAAAGAAGACUCAAACGAACGUAAUAAUGAAUUUGUUACUGGUACAUAUCGUCUUAAUUAUAUAGAAGAAUCGUAUUCGGGUUAUUCUUAUCAAGCAUACAAACCAACUACAACACGCACUACUAGAAAAAGUAUAAAGCCUAGACGUAUUCGUUCGACUACUAAUUUAAUGGGUAAUGCGACAAAUUAUGAAGUUCAUACUGAUCCAAUUCACGAGACCAAAACUUCAACGGAACUAACUUCAGUAUCUCCACCAGUCACAAAAACCACUAGCUUAUCUUCCGACGAGCCUUAUUUAACGACAAUAAAAAAGGCGAACGUCACGACAACCCUAAACCCUGUUACUACUACUCCUCUUACCAAGCCAUCGACUACAGAAACUACAACAACAGAAAAAUAUCGGAAACCUAGCCCUAUAUUAUUAACAAUAUUACCAGAUAGUACGGAGAUCAUAGCAACCGAAGGAGAGAUACCUAACCUCAGGUGUGAAGUUAGUGGAUCGAAUUUACCGAAAUUGUUACCUUAUGUGGUGUCCUGGUAUGAAAGAGAAGACGGUGGAAAUGAUGUCGAACUAAACUUCGAGUACAAUGCAACAACAUUAGCAUUCAACAAAACUAUAACAGGACACGAUCUAAACCACGAAAUCUACUGUUCUAUUAGGUUUAACAUAAUGGCUCCCACAGUUUUCGGAAAAAUGUCAACACCGUAUGUACCAAUAACAAGAAUUAAGAAACCGGUUGCACAUUUGGAAACCAAUGACACGGAUAACAAUUUACAAAAUUGGAUAAUAGGAGGUGCAGUAGGCGGAGUAACGCUACUAGUGAUAAUAAUUGUUCUAGUAGUAUUAAUGAUACGAUGUCGUACACAAAGAGCGGAUACAAAUAAUAGGACUCCAGAACCGCCAACUCAGAAUUCUAGUAGCGGGGUAUAUGAAACACCAGAAGAUCCAAUAUACUCGUACGUUCCAAUCAGCGUAGUGACCUUCUACGAAGCGAAAGCCAUGGCAGCAGCAAACAGAAAAAUGGAGAUGCAAUCUGUAAAACCUCCGCCACUCCCACAAAGACCACCAAAUAUGUCGAGGUCAGAUGAUUACGAUUAUGCCUAUGCGGUUAAUAAUAGGAGACCUCCGCCACCAACGUAAGACUCUGAUAGGUAGUAGGUGACUGAAAUUGCCUAUUGUAUUGCUAGUAUUUGAUUGGUCAAUGAAAGAAACAAGGACAUGUAGAUACUCGUAACUGAACAGUCUGUUUUGAUUAGAGUGAACAAUGACCAAAUAUAAAAGAUUUUUAGGAACCUUAGUAUUAUUGUAGGUAGUCAUAGAAAAUAAGAUUGAGUUGAUAUUAAAGUUGAUGUUUUAACGUUACAUUGUUGUAUAAUAUUUAUAUAGAAAAUUAUAGUGAGAAACUAAAUUAAUCACCUUCUCAGUUUAAAAUAAAAAG